GCUCGGCGAGGGGAGGAGCGCUGCCUCCCGGGGAGCCCCGGCUGCCGCCGCGAUGAGUUUCAACCGCCUGUGUCGUCUGCUGAAGCCGACGCUUCUUUGCGGGGCCCUGGCCGUGCCCGGCCUGGCCAGCACCAUGUGCGCGUCCCGCGACGACUGGCGCAGUGCUCGCUCCAUGCACGAAUUCUCAGCUAAGGACAUCGACGGGCACAUGGUUAACCUGGACAAGUACCGGGGCUACGUGUGCAUCAUCACCAAUGUGGCCUCGCAAUGAGGCAAGACGGAGGUAAACUACACUCAGCUGGUCGACCUGCACGCCCGAUUCGCUGAGCGUGGUUUACGGAUCCUGGCCUUCCCUUGCAACCAGUUCGGGAAGCAGGAGCCAGGGAGUAACGCCGAGAUCAAAGAGUUCGCUGCUGGCCAUAACGUCAAAUUCGACAUGUUCAGCAAGAUCUGUGUGAAUGGGGAUGAUGCCCACCCACUGUGGAAGUGGAUGAAAGUCCAGCCCAAUGGGAGGGGCAUGCUGGGAAAUGCCAUCAAAUGGAACUUCACCAAGUUCCUCAUUGACAAGAACGGCUGUGUGGUGAAGCGGUACGGUCCCAUGGAAGAGCCCCUGGUGAUAGAGAAGGACCUGCCGUGCUACCUCUAGCUCCACAAGUGUGCUCCCCCGACCCGAGCCUGCCGCCUGUGCCCCUCGGAGCCUUCCACCCGGCGUCCAUGAUGGUCUGCCUGAAAACCAGCCCCUGGUGGGGCAGACCCGAGAACCCGGCGUGCACCCUUGCCGGAGGAAGGUUCCUCGGCCCGGCUCACGGCUCGGCAACCCCACCCCCUGCUGCCUUGUGGGAAUAAAACACACAAUACAAACUGA